AAAUAUCACAACGAAAUGCGAUCUAAUUUUUCUCCAUCACCCAGCAUUGACGAUAUUUUAAUUUCUUGUUUAUUCUAAAUUCUAAGUUACAUUAAUUUAAUAAUUUGACGCGUAAGUCAAAGGUAAACUCUUAGUUUAACAACUAGUGAAAAUGACUAGAAAGUUCCGAACUAAAAUGCCCCCCUCAAAGACUCUUAGUCGAAAAGAAAGAAGGAAAGAAGAAAGAAAGCUAAAGAAAGCAAGAAAAGAUGCUUUUGCACAUCGUGAUUUUAAACUUAUCAAGUCCUUGAAAAAUGUUGAUUCAGCUUUCAAAGCGAAAAUGGAAGAAAAAAAAGAACAACGUCUUAAACUCAAGAAAGAAAAGAAAACAGUUGAAAAAAAAGAAGAAGUUAAAGAGAAGCAGGAUUCUCGGAUUGAAGGAUUAAAACUUGCCAUCCAAAAAGAUGAAAAGGAAUUGAAGCAACUCGAGAAAAAUUUGAAAUUUAGAAAGAAAAAAGGAAAGAAAAAUCUGCCCUCUUCAUUUAUGAAAGAUGGAUUGGACUACAUUUUGGAUGUGACAGAUGCAGAUAAAAUCAAAACGUUAGAAGAUGUUGGUACUGGGUAUGUAAAAGACUCAGAUGACAGUGAUUCAGAGUCUGAGUUUGAUGAUUCAGAACAGGGUUCAGAAUCAGAGGUGGAAACAGAUACAAAUUUACAAUCACCAAAAUCUGCAGCAUUCAAAGGAGAAACAAAAAGUCAGGUUGGUAAGAAAACAGAGAAAGAGGAUGGUAAAAAGGGUAAAACAGCUAUAAGUACUGGGAAAAAAGUAACUUUUGCAUUGAAAGAAGCAGCUCAUUCAGAUGGUGAUUCUGAAGGGUUGGAUAGUGAUGAGGAUGCAGUUUUGAACAGCGAUGAAGAUAUAGAAGAAGAUGACAGUGAUCUAGAUGAACCCAUGGAGUCUGAUGAAGACUUGGAAACAGAGAAACCACCAAGGAAAAGACCCAGAACAGAGGAGGAUUUAAAGGAAGAUAUUUAUGGCAGACUUAGAGACAAGGAGGGAAAUAUAGUGAAGCCUUCAGCUCCUGGAGCUUAUGUACCUCCUGCUAAAAGAGCUCUAAUGUCUGGUUCACAUAAUGAGAUGCUACACAAAAGAUUAAAAGGACUUGUGAACAAGGUGAGUGAAGGCACGAUUCAAGCCAUAAGUUCCCAGGUAGAGUCUCUUUACCUGGACAACAGCAGAGCUGAUGUGAAUGAGACUCUGACAUCCCUCAUCAUGGAGGCUGUGGUAACACCAGUGCUAAGCCCUGAGAGGUUGGUUGCAGAACUAGCCAUGUUGGUAGCAAUUCUCUACAACAAUGUAGGCUCUGAAGUGGGAGCAUUUGUGUUGCAGAAACUAGCCAAAAAAUUUGACACCCUUUUAAGUGAGCCUCAGUAUGGCAUGGGAAAGCAAAUGGAAAAUGUUCUACUCUUGAUUGCAAAUAUUUAUAAUUUUAAGGUAAUUCACUGUAAGUUAAUGUUCAACAUUAUUGAAAAGUUCAUUGCUCAUUUUGGUGAAAGAGAUAUAGAGCUCCUGCUUCAAAUUUUAAAAACUGUAGGAUUCAAUCUUCGUAAGGAUGACCCAGCUAAACUGAAGCAAGUUAUUUUAGAUAUCCAAGCUAAAGCCAAAGCUGCAGAGAGCUCAGGUGGUGAAGGAAUGCAGUCCCGCAUAAAAUUCAUGCUUGACAUUUUAAUGGCUGUACGCAACAACAACAUGCGUAAAAUUCCAAAUUGUGAUAACAGUCACAUUGAACAUUUGAAAAAAAUAAUCAAGAACUUUAUCAGAGCCCAAUCUCUUGGAGAUGACCAACUUAAUAUCAGCUUAGAAGAUUUACUGAAAGCUGAUCAAGUUGGUCGGUGGUGGAUUGUUGGCUCAGCAUGGGAGGGUAGAAAAGACACUGAUAGUGUGAAAGAUGCCAAAUCCAGAACAGAAACUUCAGUGACAGGCACAUUUAGCAAACAAAUGUUAAAAUUAGCCAAACAGCAAGGAAUGAAUACUGACAUUCGUAGGAACAUUUUCUGUAUUCUUGGAACCAGUGAGGAUUUUGAAGAUGCUUUUGCCAGACUCUUGCGUCUUGGACUUAAUCGAACGCAGGAGAGGGAAAUAAUCCAUGUCCUUAUGCACUGUUGUAUGAAUGAAAAGGAGUACAAUCCUUUCUACAGUUUCUUAGCACAAAAGUUGUGUCUUUUUGAUCGCAGAUUUAUGAUUACAGUUCAGUUCAGCAUGUGGGAUAAAUUUAAAGGAAUAGAUUCUAUGGACAAACUGUCUAGAGUAAAACUUGGACACCUGCUUUCUCAUCUUCUUCUAACUAAAGCACUGUCCAUUUCUAUUUUCAAGGUUAUAGACUUUGGAAUGGAAAGCAAGAAAAUUAUUAGAUUUUUGACUCAAGUGCUGACAGAAAUCCUGACUAGUUCUAAUGAAGCAACUGUCAUUGAGAUGUUUGAGCGCAUUGCUCCGUUCCCAAAGUUAAAGACACUCAGGCAGGGCUUGCAAGUGUUCAUGAGAAUCCAUUUGAAAGACAGCAAGGACAAAGGUCAAGGUGGACUACUGUUGCUGGAGAGAAUUGAAAAGGCUGAGGCAGCUAUGUUUAGUCACCAGACAUCUAACAUGUUAUUGUAAUAUUUACACUUCGUUUCAAGUUUGGUAUGGUGCAGUGAUUUCGUGAAUGAGAAUCAUGUAUGAAUGAAGAAUGACUGAUUCUAAUUGGUUGACAGCUUGCAAAGGUCUGUACUAAUAUCUGAUAGUAAACAUCUGAAUUUAUUUUGAAAGAUUGUUUUGUAUUUUUUUUUAAUGUUAAAUUUGAUUGAAACAAUAAAAAUGUAACUCAAAUUAUAGGUCUUGUGUGGUUAACGCAGCACCACUGUAUUCUGAGAAUUUUGUGAUUAAAGAGUAUCAUAAACACUAUUCCCUAGCACAACUGAUCAUAAAAUGAGAUUUUGUUUUAAUGAGCAUCAUAAACAUUUAUUUAGAACAGCUGACAUGUACAUCAUAAAAUCAUUUAAAAUGUUAUUGUUUCCGAUAUAUGUAUUUCUUUUUAUUGUGUUUAGACUUAAAUACCAAUAAAAAAUUUGGUUUGUGAA